GUGGGCCACAAACAAAGCCCUAGCUAUCCCAAACUCUGACUCUUGACUGUCAACCGAUUUAUUCAAUCUGAUUCUCGACCGCUCACCGACAGCAAAAAUGGCCGUUCCGAUCUCCCUGAAAUUCCCGACGGUACCAUCCACUUUAACCAACAGAUCCGCCUCCUUGUUCCUAUCACUACGACGGAGCUCCGCUCAUCAUUCUCAUCCUCACUCACAACACACGAUCAGACUCCCCACUAUUAGGUUCAUAAGGAAGAUUAACUUCUCCGCCGUCAAUGCCGUGCAGGAAAGCCAAGAGAACACAGAAUCCAACGGGGUGGAGGUUCAAGCAGGGCCACCAACGGAGGAGCCGAAAACGGCCGACCAAUCGGCAGAAUCCGGCGCAAAUUUGGGAGCCGAAAUUCAGGAGGCUUUGAAGCAGCGGAAGGUGGAGAAAGAAGGGGACCUGAUCGGCGGAGUGGCGGAGGAGAUUAAGGAGAUUGAGUGGCCGGCGUUUCAAAAGGUUUUGGGCACGACGGGGGUGGUGAUUGGCGUUAUUGCUGGCUCUAGUGUCGUUUUGCUAACUGUGAAUGCCUUAUUGGCAGAGCUGUCCGACCGAGUUUUCGCCGGAAAAGGAGUUCAGGAUUUCUUUAGCUGAGAGGAUGAGACUUCGAUUAUGACUAUUUGGUUUUUCACUUGAGAUGUAAACUUUGUAACUUUUAAGAAAGGCCAAUGGCUUCCAUUGGAAGAGACUGCUUUGUAUUUGUGUUAAGAAAGGAGAAAGGUUGAAUCUGAACGCUCGAA